GGUUGUUGCACACCAAUCGUGUGUAGGGUAACAAAGGUGUGCAGACAUCGGCCUACUCGAGCGUUCCACAACCUUAUCGUUCGAUUUGUGCUUCCAAGUGAUGCCAUACUCUUCAUUUCCUCCUGAGUAUAAAGUAAAGCACUGGCACGCCAUCAAUCAUCCUCAAACUUCAUCUAUCUACCUACCAUAUAUACCUUUCGCAAUACACAGGAUCAACGCCAUCGUAACCCUCACGAUUGACUGUCCACUAUCACGAGGCUUAUUUAGCAGAAGAUCAUAUAUCGAUUUCAUAAUGCACCAUCUGACAAUCGCCAAAGCUAUCACGGCCACUGCCAUACUUAGCGGUCCUGCCCUAGCCGGCCCUGGUGCAUACGGUGUCUGCCAGGCAGGCUGCUGUGCAGUUGUCAUGGCAUGCUAUGCCGCCGCAGGGGCUACUUGGGGAGCGACCGCGGGAGCCACGGCGCCUGCCACGGUUGUCGCAUGCAACACGGCCUUUGGUGCUUGCCAAGCAAGCUGUCAUGCCGCUCUUAUAUUCCCCAUCCCAUAA